GAGGCCACUCGGUGCCCGGCCCCAUCACGUGCGGCCCCCGCCGCCCUGCGGGGCGCUUCUGCAGAGCUGGGAGGCAGAAGCUCCGUGUCCCCGCAGGAGAAGGAGCGAGGCUGGUCCCUGGGCAUCCCCACAGCAUCAUGACUCUCCAGGCUGACUUUGAUGGGGCUGCAGAAGAUAUAAAAAAAUUAAAAACAAGACCAACUGAUGAAGAACUGAAGGAACUGUAUGGAUUCUACAAACAGGCUACUGUUGGAGAUAUUAAUAUUGAAUGCCCAGGAAUGCUAGAUUUGAAAGGCAAAGCCAAAUGGGAGGCAUGGAACAUGAAAAAAGGUAUAUCAAAGGAGGAUGCCAUGAAUGCUUAUAUUUCUAAAGCAAAAGCAAUGGUAGAAAAAUAUGGGAUUUAGAAUACUCAGAGUAAUUCCCACUACUAACUAACUCUUCAGUAGCUAAUGAACUAACUCUGCUGAGAAAAAUAACUGUUUGUUGUGUAGGCUGACAGUAAAAUCUUUUAAGUGUGAACCAUUGCACGGUAAAGGGUGUUUACACACAUACUGUAUUUUUGGACUACAUCUUAUUCUAAAUAAAUUUGAACCUAUUAAAUAAAUAUUUCUUUAAGAAUUGUGGAUUUUUGUCAAUGUUAAAUUAUGCUUAG